AUUUGUAAGCUAGACAUGGACCAAGCGUAUGAUCAUGUAAACUGGGACUUUCUCCUUUAUUUAUUAAAGAGAUGUGGCUUUGGGGAGAAAUGGUGUUUGUGGAUCAGAUGGUGUACUUCAACGGCAAGAUUCUCAAUUCUGAUCAAUAGCAACCCAGAGGAAGAAGAGAGGGUGGUGGUUUUGGUCAUUGGUGGAGGAGGAAGAGAACAUGCACUUUGCUAUGCCUUGCAGAGAUCUUCCUCUGUUGAUGCAGUCUUCUGUGCGCCUGGUAAUGCUGGUAUUUCCAACUCGGGGAGUGCCACUUGUAUUUCAGACCUUGACAUCUUUGACAGCUCUGCUGUAAUAUCCUUCUGCCACAAAUGGGGUGUCGGACUGGUUGUCGUGGGACCGGAGGCCCCUCUUGUUUCAGGCCUUGCAAAUGAUCUAUCUAAGGCUGGAAUCCCUACUUUUGGCCCUUCAGCAGAGGCUGCUGCUUUGGAAGGUUCGAAGAACUUCAUGAAGAAUUUGUGUGAUAAGUAUGGUAUUCCUACUGCUAAGUACAAAACAUUUACCGAUCCAUCUGCUGCAAAGCAAUACAUUCAAGAGCAAGGGUCCCCAAUUGUUAUCAAAGCAGAUGGUUUGGCAUCUGGAAAGGGAGUUAUUGUUGCUACGACUUUGGAGGAAGCAUAUGAGGCUGUUGAUUCAAUGCUUGUUAAGGGUGUUUUUGGUUCUGCAGGUUGUCGUGUCAUUGUUGAAGAAUAUUUGGAAGGAGAAGAAGUGUCUUUUUUUGCCUUGGUAGAUGGAGAGAAUGCGAUUGCUCUAGAGUCUGCUCAGGACCAUAAACGAGUUGGGGAUGGUGAUACAGGGCCCAAUACAGGUGGGAUGGGGGCAUAUUCCCCUGCACCCAUAUUAACAAGAGAACUUCAGUCAUUGGUCAUGGAAUCCAUAAUUCUCCCUACUGUAAAAGGAAUGGCUGCAGAGGGGUGCAAGUUCGUUGGGGUUUUGUAUGCGGGGCUCAUAAUUGAGAAGAAGUCUGGCUUACCAAAGCUAAUUGAGUACAAUGUGCGUUUUGGAGAUCCCGAGUGUCAGGUGUUGAUGGUUCGGUUGGAGUCUGAUCUGGCACAAGUUCUGCUUGCAGCUUGUAGAGGAGAGCUAAGCGGAGUAUCCCUGAACUGGUCCCGGUCUGCCAUGGUGGUAGUGAUGGCAAGUAAGGGCUACCCUGGGGUCUAUGAGAAGGGAACCGUGAUUAGAAACCUUGAAGAAGCAGAGCAUGUUAGUCCGUGUGUUAAGAUAUUCCACGCAGGAACAAGCCAAGACUCGGUGGGUAACUUCAUUGCAGUUGGGGGACGUGUUCUUGGGGUCACCGCAAAAGGAAGAGAUCUUGAAGAGGCACGGGAUUUAGCUUACCAGGCUGUUGAUGAAAUUAAUUGGUCAGGAGGAUUCUGCAGGCGGGAUAUUGGUUGGAGGGCACUUCCCCGGAAACAAUUUGCUACAAAAGGGUGAAUCAAAUGCUUUGUAUUGUAACACAGCAUGCAUGGAUGAAUAUUUAAAAAAAAUUGCUCAUAGUAUAAAUUAACAACAUCUUCCAAAGAGAGGAGAGAAAAGGUGAGUUCUGUAGUGGGCCACGACCGUUUUAGCUUGUUACCGAUCUUCCAUGUCACGAGACCCCCAUCUGCUUUGUAUCAUCCAUGGAUUGAGUGGCAUUUAAGUUGAGGAUUUCUCUUGUCCAAAAUGGGAAGAGAUGUGUAAGCCAAAAA